AUAGUCCGUCUGCUCCAUCGAUCAGAGCUCCGGUCAUCUCUAUCCGGUCAUCUCUAUCCGGUCGUCAUCUCUACUAGCAAGCAUGGAUACUGUGUCGGGAGGUACUUCAGUAGGCGACACGCCACCAGCUACACCAGAGAGGCGUCGGGAGAGCCGACUCCGACAGCUUGUAGCCUUCACAUGGGCUAGUGUUUUAGCAUUUUUCUCCCCGCCGGCGGCCGCUGCAUCUGCAUGGGCUACUCGUGUUUUAGCCGCCUUCUGGAAGUGGCUCACUCUCAAGCUGUACAAGCUAAGGCAACAUCUCCCCUUAUUUAAUAAGAGCCCAUUGCAUCCAACAUAGUCUUUUUACCGUUUAAUUUUAACUCCGUUAUCUACCUGUACAUCGCACUACUGUGUGGGCGGAGGCUUAUUUCUCUUUCACAAUGUUUCUAUUUCUUCAGCCCCUUCGCCUACCCGAUACACCCCUUUUCUUUUCUUUCUUCUUCUUCUUCGUUUUCCUAUCUUUUCUCUCUUUGACAAAAAAUCUGAUUCGGAUUUCCCCAAUCUUUUAAUGAGAUAGUUGCCCUUGUAUCGCUGCUUUGUAUAUAUACUUCCGCCAGGUACCCUGCUUCUCU